AGAAUUACAGAUCUCUGUGCAAUAAAAACAAUUUCCAGUGUUAUCAAAUUUUAAUUGAACAGGUGUCUGUUUCCUGAUAUGAUUUAAUUAACAAUUUUGUUUGCAAUAAAUUGAAAAUAUGUCGUCACAACGUUUGAAAAUCGGACAACAUUUAUUAAUAGAAAAGUGUAUAGGUCGAGGCACUUUUAGCGCUGUGUAUCAAGUUGUGAAUGUGAAAAGUGCAGAGAAAUUCGCCUUGAAACAAGUGUUUAUAUCCGACAUUGAAGACAAAAAAGCGAGAAAUGAUUGCUCCAAUGAAGUUUAUUUGUUACAGGUAUGCGAAUUGCGCAGCGUUUAGAUCACCCGAAUAUAAUCAAGUAUUUAUGCUGAGAAUUCGAUCAAGUUAGCGGAACACUACACGUAUUGUUAGAAUUGGCAUCCAAUGGAGAUUUAUCGCAUUUUAUCGCUGAUCAUAUUAAGAACAUUAGACUCAUACCGGAAUCAACCAUUUGGAAGUUCAUUAUUCAAUUAAGUUCGGCUUGAUCAUAUUAAGAACAUUAGACUCAUACCGGAAUCAACCAUUUGGAAGUUCAUUAUUCAAUUAAGUUCGGCUAUCGAUUUCAUGCAUGCGAAUAGGAUAAUCCAUAGAGAUGGUGACAUUAAAAUUUGCGAUUUCGGACUUGGAAAGUGUUUCGUCGAUGGGGACAGGUUGUAUUCAACAUCGGCCCUUGGUUCACCUUAUUACAUGAGUCCUGAAAGACUGCUUAGGGAAAAGUACUACUUCAAUAGUGAUAUUUGGUCAUUAGGAUGUAUCAUUUAUGAACUGGCAGCUUUGCAGUCACCUUUCUAUGUCAGUAAAUUGGACAUGAAUUUGCUCAUUAAAAGAGUUAUCUCUCGAGAUUUUGCACCUGUGCCAUCAGAUUUAUAUUCUAAAGAAUUACAUGCAGUCAUCGAAACUUGUCUGACAGUUGACUGUAAAAAGAGACCUUCAGCUCAUCAUAUAUUAGGUUAUGCAAAUGAUUUUUGUGCCCAGCAUUACUAAUUUAGUUGACCAGGUUUAGCUUAAAUUUUUAAUAGGUAAGUAAUAAUUUAAGAUUUUAUUCAAAAAUUAAGAAUUAUUUUAAAAUUUAUUUUUUAACUUGUGUAAACGAAAGUGAGAUAAUUAGACUUUGUAAUUGUUUUUGAUUUACCUAAGUAGAUAAUAUUUUUUUUUUAAUGUGAAUAAAACUUCAAGAUGA